AUGCGGAGAUGGUUCGAGGGAAGACGAGAUGGGGCGGUGUGGCUAGGAGGUGAGUCGAAGAUGAAGCGGAUGAUUGCUAUGGUGGUGCGUUGCGCGAAUCUAGGGUCGUGUCGUUGUCAGGGUUCGAGUAAGAAUGAUACUGCGAAGGCUAGGACUGACUCGUGGUGGCUUGGGGCACAACGAAGGUGUUGGCACGACGAAAUCGAGGGUCCGCAGUGA